GCGAGUCAGCGCUGCUCGCUGGGUUGCAGGUGCUUCAGGCUUAGCUCGCCGCGUCAUAGAGUGUAUCAGACGUCUGGACGUUGCACACCUCGAGUUAUUUUUUUUUAGCACGAAGCACACCAUGAAAGUGUUUGUCACGAGGCGUAUACCGCAGGAGGGGAUGGCAAUUCUCAAACAGGCUGGAAUAUGUGAGGUGUCAGUGUGGGAUUCUGACGAACCGGUUCCACGGUCUGACCUCCUGAAGAGAGUGGAAGGUGUUCACGGCCUUCUCUGCAUGCUGUCGGACCGCAUUGACACAGAAGUGCUGGAUGCUGCUGGGCCUAAUCUGAAGGUGAUCAGUACUCUGUCUGUGGGAUUCGAUCACCUUGCCAUUGACGAGUUACGGAAACGAGGUAUAAGACUGGGCUACACUCCUGAUGUUCUGACGGAUGCUACAGCUGAGCUGACGGUAGCUCUGCUGUUGGCUACUGCUCGACGCCUGCCUGAGGGUAUACAGGAGGUCAAAAGUGGCGGCUGGAGCUCUUGGAAGCCCCUCUGGCUGUGCGGCUAUGGACUGUCUGGCAGCACUGUGGGGGUGCUUGGUCUGGGACGCAUAGGCCUCGCUAUAGCCCAGAGACUCAAACCCUUCGGGGUGAAGAGGUUACUUUACACUGGACGGCACCCCAAACCUCACGCGCAGGAGGUGGACGGUGAAUAUGUGCCUUUAGACACUCUGCUGUGCGAGAGUGACUUUGUGGUUGUGUCUUGUGCUCUCACCCCGGACACGUGCGGACUGUGCGACAAGGCCUUUUUCAGCAAGAUGAAGACCACGGCAGUCUUCAUCAACACCAGCAGAGGGGCUGUGGUAAAUCAGGACGACCUGUUUGAAGCCCUGUCUAUUGGCCAGAUUGCUGCAGCAGGACUCGAUGUGACAAGCCCAGAGCCCCUGCCUACAGACCACCCCCUGCUGACCCUGACAAACUGUGUGAUUCUUCCUCAUAUCGGCAGCGCCACAUACUCAACACGUGCCACCAUGGCUAAGCUGUCAGCCAACAACCUGCUGGCUGGACUGACCAGAGAUGCUAUGCCCAGUGAGCUGAAGCUCUAGUGCCCCCCUAGUGGUGAGGACUGCAACAGUCAUCCAGUCUCCACGUAAACCAGAGAUGCUUCACAUGCACUCUCACAUGCACUUACUCAUUUAGGAAUAUACACAGUGAAAUGAUUCGACAAAAUUGUCACGUUUAUAGCUAAUUCAUCAGAUUGCAGCAGAGUGGAAGACAUGGUUGUCAUGAUCUGUUGUCGCUGAAGGUUUGGUCCGUUGGUUAAAUUCUUUAACUGUAAAUCUGUCUGGUCUUCACAUGCUUGGAGUUGGUGGCUCUGAGGGUGUAGGAUAACUCUUGUCCUGGUUGGAGGAUGUAAGCAUGACAAACUUCUCUUCUUCUUUGAUUUGAAAGUGGAAACCUCUCCAUUACAGAAGCCAGUGAAGGACAUAUGAAAGAGAACUUUAAUGGUGCUAAACAAUUAACCCUUUGUGGAAAAUAUGUAGACACUCCAGUCUUGAAUGCCAAACACUUAACAUCUAUAACUUUGUGUACAUCUACUGCACUCCAGUGGAUGAGAUUCUACUGUCACUCCAGUCAAAAAUUAAAGGAACUAAACCACCA